AUGGCCGACAACCCGCACGAAGACGCGGUUGUGAAGGCGUUGCGGGAAUACACCACUUGUGAUGUCUCGGACGCGCUUUGCAAGCUCAAGUUCCGCAACGGCGGAUUUCUAUCGGGACUCACCAUGUGGUCGCCGCAGCGCCAGGACGGCCCGACCAAGAUUGUAGGACCAGCGUACACGGUGCAAUACGUGCCGCUUGACGACCCGCGGCCGAAGCACCCGGCGCAUUAUAUCGACUCGGUUCCGAAUGGCGCAAUAGUCUUCGUCUCGUGCCCGCCAAAGACGCCCAACGCCGUCUACGGCGGCCUGAUGUCGAUGCGUGCCAGAGCCAGCGGCGCCGAGGGCUCCGUCAUUGACGGACGCUUUCGAGACCUGCAGGAGCAGAGAGACCUGAACUAUCCCAUCUUUGCGCGCGAUGUCGGCACCGCGCCCCCCGCCGAGCUGCUCAAAGUGGUCGCCGUCAACAUCCCUGUCAAGUUGCAGACAGAUGAGCAGGACAUGACCGUCAACCCAGGCGACUACCUCAUCGGCGACAUCAACGGCGUCGUCGUCCUACCCAAGGAGCUGGCCGAGGCGGCGCUGCCACUCAUGGCCAAGCAGGUCGAGGCAGACACCAAGAUGGUAAAGGGAAUUACUGAGCUUGGUAUGUCGUUCGCCGAGGCGGGCAAGAAGUUUAGGUAA